UCGCGGCGGCGGUGCUGAACUGAACAAGAUGGCUGUGCGGCGCGUUACGAGCGGCGGAAAAAAACAGCGCUAACAUUCACUCACAGCCCGGAUAACAGCGGUCUAUAUCGAGAGGGUGGUUAAAAAACGCCCUCGAAUUGAAUUAUCCGAAGGAUUCGGAGUAGUAGCUGCUGUUAUUUUUAUAUAUUGUGGGGUAGAGUUUGAUAACAAGAAGGGGAGGUUUCUCAACAUAAAAAUCUAAUAAAUCGUUUUUAAGAACAGUUUUAAUAUCCAAGCUAACUCAAAAGGCGCGGAUAAUAAUAAAUAAAGAAAUGUCACUGCUGUGUGUUGGAGUGAAGAAAGCCAAGCUCGAUGGACCACAAGAAAAAUUCAACACCUACGUGUCACUGAAGGUUCAGAACGUGAAAAGCACCACUAUAGCUGUGCGAGGCAGUCAGCCAUGUUGGGAACAGGACUUCAUGUUUGAGAUUAACAGGCUGGAUCUGGGCCUGACAGUGGAGGUAUGGAACAAAGGACUGAUCUGGGACACCAUGGUUGGCACAUUGUGGAUCCCUUUGCACAGCAUUCGACAGUCGAAUGAGGAAGGGCCAGGACAAUGGUUGACUUUAGACUCCCAGGUCAUUAUGGCUGAAAAUGAGAUCUGCGGCACCAAAGAUCCCACCUUUCAUCGAGUGCUUUUGGAUACACGGUUCGAACUCCCAUUAGAUAUACCGGAGGAGGAAGCUCGAUACUGGGCCAAGAAAUUGGAGCAGCUCAAUGCCAUGAGGGACCAAGAUUACACAUACCAGGAGGAGCACGAGAGACCACUUCCAAUGCCAUCAACUCAAUGCUGUAACUGGAGUCUAUGGGGGGACCAACAAAAUGAUGAUCCAGACAGUGCUGUGGAUGAUCGAGACAGUGAUUACCGCAGCGAAACCAGCAACAGCAUCCCACCUCCGUUCUACACCACUUCCCAGCCCAACGCAUCCAUGCACCAAUACCCCAUCCGAAACAUGCACCAUGGCUCCCGUUACAACGACACUAGCGACUACGACUAUGAUAACCAGAGAGCUAUUAGACGCUAUGAUAGUUUAGACUCCGCCACCAACGGCCGCAGCGAUCUCGAUUCGGCUUCUGGCUCGAGCAGGCGGACCAGCCGCCAGUACUCCUUAGACAGUAGGCACUCACUCUCUGAUAGCCCCACCGGCAGUAGUCGCUAUGCAUCCUCGGGUGAGCUGAGCCGUGGUAGCUCCCAACUCAGUGAAGAGUUUGGCCCAGAGGAUGGUGAGAGCUUCCGUGGUUCAGUAGAGUUCUACGACGAGAACGACUCCUACCAUUCCUGCCAUUCCUCCGUUAGCUAUGGUAAAGACUCGCCCGUCUGGGACCCGGAUGAGCCGCAGGGCAUCUACAGUGAUGAUGGUGAGUACAACAAAGAUGGCGGUGAAGAAGGUGCACUCUACGAUGAAGAGGAAGGUGAGAUCUACCAGCAGGAGGAAGGGGAGUACCCAUAUGAGGAGGAAGUGGAAGGAAUGGUGUAUGAAGUGGAUGAAGACCUUUAUCCAUUGGAUGGGACUCUCAGUGAAGAGCAGGAGCCACCCUACACCCCUACCCCAACCAGCACUGCCCCAACAUUGGCUCCUGAGGUGACCAGCCGCCCACCCCUGGAGAAACAGGCUUCUGUGCAACAGCCCCCGCAAUCCCAACCACCGUUUCAGACCAUGGAGCCUAAACGAGAUUCACCACCCCUACAACAGCCACUUGAUGUCUUUGCCAAGGUACCUCGUACCUCAACCCCACCUCGGGUCUCAGAGUUUGAGCCAGAGACGGUCCCAAUGCCUGUAGGCAAGCUGGCGGCUCAUACAGAGGAGCCCUUGCUCACCCCAGCCACUGAGAUCCCACCUGAACCAGAACAAGAGAAGGAGGCUCCUCCUGAGAGCACACCAAAGCUGGAGUCACCUGUGGACCCGGCAGUAAGGGCCAAAGCCAACUGGCUACGACUCUUCAAUAGGGUUCGCCUUCAGCUGCAGGAGGCUCGAGGUGAGACUCCAGGACUUGCAUCACUCUUUUUGCAAGCAGGGCCUGGAGGUGCUCUCUACAGCAUAGACAGCAUGCCUGACCUACGUAAGAGGAAGGCCAUCCCUCUCGUCCGAGACCUGGCAAUGUCCCUUGUCCAGAACUCUCGAAAAGCAGGCAUCACUUCUGCAAUGGCCUCCAGCACACUUAACAAUGAAGAAUUGAAGAGUCACGUCUAUAAGAAGACCCUGCAGGCUUUGAUCUACCCCAUUUCCUGUACCACACCACAUAACUUUGAGGUGUGGACAGCCACCACACCCACCUACUGCUAUGAGUGCGAGGGGCUUCUGUGGGGCAUCGCUCGACAGGGCAUGCGCUGCACCGAGUGUGGGGUCAAGUGCCACGAGAAGUGUCAAGAUUUACUCAACGCCGACUGUCUGCAGAGGGCGGCGGAGAAAAGCUCUAAGCAUGGAGCUGAGGAUCGCACGCAGAACAUCAUCAUGGUGUUGAAAGACCGCAUGAAGAUCCGUGAACGGAACAAGCCUGAGAUAUUCGAGCUGAUUCAGGAAGUGUUUGCAGUCAUCAAGGCCACGCAUGUGACGCAUAUGAAGCAGAUCAAGCAAAGUGUCUUAGACGGGACGUCCAAGUGGUCGGCCAAGAUCAGCAUCACCGUGUUAUGCGCCCAGGGCCUCCAGGCAAAGGACAAGACCGGCUCCAGCGACCCUUAUGUUACGGUGCAAGUUGGCAAGACCAAAAAACGAACCAAGACUAUCUACGGCAACCUCAACCCUGUAUGGGAUGAGAGCUUCAAUUUUGAGUGUCACAACUCUUCCGAUCGGAUCAAAGUGCGUGUGUGGGACGAGGAUGACGAUAUUAAGUCCAGAGUAAAGCAGAAGUUCAAACGUGAGUCUGACGACUUCCUCGGUCAGACCAUCAUCGAGGUACGAACUCUGAGCGGUGAAAUGGACGUCUGGUACAACCUGGACAAGCGCACAGACAAGUCUGCUGUGUCGGGAGCCAUUCGAAUGCACAUCAGUGUGGAGAUCAAAGGAGAGGAAACCGUUGCUCCGUACCACGUCCAGUACACUUGCUUGCAUGAGAACCUUUUCCACUAUUUAACGGACAUCCAGAACAACGGGGUGGUGAAGAUACCAGAUGCCAAGGGUGAUGAUGCAUGGAAGGUCUACUUCGAAGAGACGCCCCAAGAAAUAGUCGAUGAGUUUGCCAUGCGUUACGGAGUGGAGUCCAUUUAUCAAGCCAUGACACACUUUGCCUGCUUGUCAUCAAAGUACAUGUGUCCUGGAGUGCCUGCGGUCAUGAGCACCUUACUGGCCAACAUCAAUGCUUACUACGCUCACACAACCCAGGCCACCAACAAUGUAUCUGCCUCAGACCGUUUCGCUGCCUCCAACUUUGGGAAAGAGCGAUUUGUCAAACUUCUGGACCAGCUCCACAACUCCCUGAGGAUUGACCUCUCUAUGUACAGGAAUAAUUUCCCAGCUAGCAGUCCUGAGAGGCUACAGGACCUCAAGUCUACUGUGGACCUGCUGACCAGUAUCACAUUUUUCAGGAUGAAGGUCCAAGAGCUUCAGAGUCCUCCUCGUGCCAGCCAGGUAGUGAAGGACUGUGUGAAGGCUUGCCUCAACUCUACCUACGAAUACAUUUUCAACAACUGCCAUGAACUGUAUAGUCGAGAAUACCAAACAGACCCGAGCAAAAAAGGAGAGGUUCCUCCAGAGGAACAAGGUCCAAGUAUCAAGAAUUUGGACUUCUGGUCCAAGCUAAUCACUCUCAUUGUCUCAAUUAUUGAAGAGGACAAGAACUCCUACACCCCCUGCCUUAACCAGUUUCCCCAGGAGCUCAAUGUCGGAAAGAUCAGUGCAGAGGUUAUGUGGAACCUGUUUGCCCAGGAUAUGAAGUAUGCAAUGGAAGAGCAUGAAAAGAACCGCCUGUGCAAGAGUGCCGAUUACAUGAACCUGCACUUCAAAGUAAAGUGGCUUUACAAUGAAUACUGCAAAGACCUGCCUUUCUUCAAGAGCCGAGUGCCUGAAUAUCCUGCGUGGUUUGAGCCAUUUGUCAUCCAGUGGUUGGAUGAGAAUGAAGAGGUGUCUCGGGACUUCUUGCACGGAGCCCUGGAGCGUGACAAAAAAGAUGGGUAUCAGCAAACUUCAGAGCACGCUCUCUUCUCCUGUUCAGUUGUGGAUGUCUUCUCGCAGCUUAACCAGAGCUUCGAGAUCAUUAAGAAGCUGGAGUGCCCAGACCCACAGAUUGUUGGACACUACAUGAAGAGAUUUGCAAAGACCAUUAGCAACGUUCUCCUCUCCUAUGCGGACAUUAUCUCCAGGGAUUACCCCAACCACUGCACCAAGGAGAAAGUGAAUGCAAAGGAUGGUGCUGUCAAGCCAUGUAUCCUCAUCAACAACAUCCAGCAGCUUAGGGUACAGCUUGAGAAGAUGUUUGAGGCCAUGGGAGGUAAAGAUUUGAACGUUGAAGCUAGCGACAUUUUGAAAGAACUCCAGGUGAAGCUCAACAAUGUUUUGGAUGACCUUGCGAGAAUCUUUGCCACCAGUUUCCAACCAAACAUCGAAGAAAAUGUCAAGCAGAUGGGUGACAUACUUAGCCAGGUGAAGGGGACAGGGAACGUGCCAGCAAGUGCUUGCAGCAGCGUUGCACAGGACGCAGACAACGUCCUCCAACCCAUCAUGGACUUCCUUGACAGCAACCUCACGCUGUUUGCUAAGAUCUGCGAGAAGACAGUCUUGAAGCGAGUACUGAAGGAGCUUUGGAAGCUGGUCAUGAACACAAUGGAGAAGACGAUUGUUCUGCCGCCUUUGACUGACCAAACGAUGAUAGGCAGGGUGAAGCUUGCUUGUCACAGUGAUGGCACUCAACUCAUAUUCAACGCCGCCAAGGAACUCGGUCAACUCUCCAAGCUUAAGGAGCACAUGGUUCGUGAGGAGGCCAAGGCACUGUCCCCUAAACAGUGUGCAGUGAUUGAGUUAGCACUGGAUACUAUAAAGCAAUAUUUCCAUGCUGGAGGUGUGGGACUGAAGAAGACGUUCCUUGAGAAGAGUCCGGACCUGCUGUCUCUGCACUACGCCCUGUCCCUCUACACUCAGGCCACCGACAAACUCAUCAAGACCUUCGUUCAGUCCCAGAACACACAAGUUCAUGGAGGGAAGGGGGUAAGGUUCAGCCAUAGUGAAGACGUGUACCCAGAGAAGGGUACUGGUGUUGAUGAUGCAGUUGGAGAGGUGUCUAUCCAUGUGGAGAUCUUCACUCAUCCAAAUACUGGAGAGCACAAAGUCACAGUGAAGGUGGUGGCUGCGAAUGACCUACGUUGGCAGACUUCUGGCAUUUUCCGGCCCUUCGUGGAGGUCUAUAUCAUUGGCCCUCAUCUCAGCGAUAAGAAGAGAAAGUACGCCACCAAGUCCAAAAACAACAGCUGGGCUCCAAAAUACAACGAGACCUUUACAUUCACAUUGAGUAACGAAGUGGGUCCCGAGUGCUACGAGCUGCAGGUGUGCGUGAAGGACUACUGCUUUGCACGAGAGGACCGCACCGUCGGAAUGGCGGUACUGCAGCUAAAGGACGUAGCACCGCGGGGUAGCGUAGCAUGCUGGCUACCACUAGGUAAACGCAUUCACAUGGAUGAAACCGGCCUGACCGUACUGCGAAUCUUGUCCCAGCGCAACAACGACGACGUCGCGAAAGAAUUUGUCAAACUCAAAUCCGACCAGCGUUCUGCUGAGGAGGGGCGGAGCUAAGACCAAGGAGUAUCUAGUUAGGCACAGUUACUUUGUUGAAAACACUGCCCCCUAAUGCUCAGAUGUUGCACUAGCGCACAGAUAAAAUACACAAGACAUAUUUAUCUUGGUUCUUCACUUGACCAACCGUUUACGUGACAAAGCAGUUAUAUAUUUGUACUCGGUGCACUGCCAUUAGACCUGCCAGGAAGGGCUUGUUUAACAAGCACAAUUUGGCACAUGAAACAGACACAGGAUAUUGUAUCUUUGAAAUACUUGAUGUUUGUGAUGUCCUUGAUUUUUAUAAUGCAUAUUCCAAGGAAAAAAGUUACUUAAAUCCAACACAUUAUCUAUUUAUUCUGCAAAACAUUAAAUAUUCAGUUCACACGUAUCAAAAUAUAAAUCCAUAAAAAAAUAUUUAUUAUAUUUAUAAUAAUGAUAAUAAUUACAAAAUGAUAUAUUAUAGUAAUUACAUUAAAAAUAUAUUUAUAUUAAUUUAUAACCAGAUUAAGGCAUGAUGUACACUUUUUUUCCAUGUCAAGCAAUCUGUAAUGAUGUCGAAAACCUCUUUACUGAGGCCUUUUGUCAAUCAUUCCUGCACCCUUCUAAAGGUGUCUUAAUGUCAGGGUAUAGUUUCUCCACUAUGUACUGCCAUUUCACCCUAACUACUUAUUAGGGACCAAAACCCACUAUGGGUCAGACUUUAAGGUUAUGCAAUCGUUUAGAAGCACAAGAAAAAAAAAUACACCUACAACCAAAUACACCUCUGAAUGCAGAGUGGUUGCUUUUUCCUGUAGUAUGAAAAUGUCUUGGGUGUUUUUCGGAGACACCACUUGCAGGAAAUCCAACGAAUUAUACUUACUGUAAAGACUAUGAGAUACUGACACUUUGUAAAGAUGCUUCGCACAUUCAGAUUCAAUCACAAGGCCAACUCUGUCCUGUUUUUGUGUAUCUAAUAUGUUUUCCGACCUGUUCAAGUACGAGUGCCUGUGCAGUUUAUCAAGUGUUUGUCGGCAUGAUAAGGCACGAUGUAUGUGUGCAAGUUUGAUUGACAAACACUGCUUAUAUUAGACACCAGAGCUGCCUGUUCCAGUGAGAUUUCACUUUAUUACAUCACAGUUAAAUGUCAUACCACUCCAGAUCAUUCCAUGCGAAAUGGGGCUUUUCCCCCCCUCUACAGCAAUCUCUGGUUUCACACCUCAAAAGAAUCACAGCCGUUGAGAAUCACUCCUAUAGAGUUGCCAUAGUAACCGCUGAUGAAUCCUGCCAUUUUACUGCCAAACCAUCCACCAUAUUAGAAAAGCACAACAGAGACGCUUUAUAAUGUGGUUUAAACACUAUAUUCAUUCCUUCCUGCUGUAUUGCGCUGAACCAUAAGUGUCAAAAUGAACCACUUAGGUGAAAUUAUCUCGUCGCAUAGUGAAUUUAGCCAAUAAGCACCUUGCGCUACAGCUAUUUUUUUAUGUUUCCUUCUAUUAUUUCUCUAAAAAGAGUCUAUGCAUCAGUCAGAAUCAUCAGUGGAUUGUUUACAUCGCGAAUGGGCGGCACAACCCGCAGCUGCAAACUUUGCUGGUUUUGUUUUACAUGCUGAAUCCUUCAGUGUUCAUCGUUGUAGGGUUCAAUCACAGGAAAUGGCAUUAAUGAAUGUUGAAAUGACUGCCGACUGGAAAAUUGCAUCUGUAGCAAGAAAUUUGGAUGAUAGGAUUUCUAAUGUUAAAGCUGUGUGUUGCUGACUGUGAAUAGUAAUAUUACAGGAUGUAGUGAGCAUGUAGUUCGAGACAAAGCACACACAGACACAAGUAACAAUAACUCCACACGCACCCAAAUAGCCACUCCUUGCCUGUAUAUAAGAAGCAGUGCAUGUUGGGAAAGAUUCUUCUUGUGCCAGCAUGUAUCUUUGAUGUGAUAUUCAAUUGUUGUAUUUAUUUCUCUUGAUUUCUUUUUGUCAUUUAUUUUGAUAUUUGGGUAUUAUUUUCUAUUUUUGAAAGGCUUGUGAAUAUAUAAAUAUGUAUUACUGAUGUGUAGUGGUACAGAGUGCUAGCAUGAGAGAUUUUUUUAUACAAAGAUGUUUCUAAUUUUUGUUUUUCUAAAUAUGAUCGUUCUUAUCGGGGGUGGAGGUAAAACACUUGCCAGCCUUGGUUUGUUUCUACUUCCAAUAAAUGGUUAAAAAAUA